AUUUUUCCUUUUUUUUUUCAAUUUAUUGGGCCGAAUUGUUUUUCCCUGAAUUCCCGCACGUCAGAGAUGGGGAAAAACUUUUCGUCCUUUUUUGCUGAAUUUUUGCUGAAUUCUCGCACAAAGCAAGUCGGAGAUGACAGGAGCAGGCCUCAAGAAAAUCUUCGCCGGCGACCGGAGGAGUGAAGAAGCCACACCGCUUUCGUACCGGGAUGGUGCGCUCCGGGAGAUCCGCAACUGCAAGAAGAUUACCAAAUGGUAAAUCCGAAUGAGAAUUUUUCUACAGAUUGGAGAAUCAUGUGAGACUCAAAGGCUCACUUGGAAGAAAGCCUCAAUCAAGCCUAAGCCUUAGAAGAUAAUCGAAAUAAUCCCGGACGAUGUAGAAAGAGUUGCAGAGCCCAACAAGUCAAAUCCGGCCAAAAAAUCAUGGAAAAUGAAAGCUCCAACGCUGAGUUCGACUUUCAGUGCAAAAAGCAAGGUGGAAGACCACCCAUGACUUGGUACUCCGAAUCGUUCACGGGCGUGCCCAUGAGUGACAUGAACAUGCGGCCUGACCCUUGCCGCAACUAUCCAGGAAGGACUUACCGGUUUUACACUGGAGACACCGUACACAAUUUCGGAUACGAGCUAAUUUAUUUGUGCAACAACAUCUUCGGGUGGAAACUGCAGGUCAAGCGGGGUCGUCGCAUAGAAAAGCUUCUCAAUAGGUUCAGAUUUUGGCCUUCUUAUCCAAAUUCAUGAUAUAACGCCCGUCGGCGCUUUUCCUUAGUCGCAUUUCGGUCAGCACCAGAUCAGGGGGAUUUGUGGAGGCCUUGCAUGUACACUACGAAUGGUUUAUGCAAGGAUGGUGGCGAAUGUAAGUUUGGUUUCCCGUGAGCUGUUUGCGUUGGGUCGGGUCACGGAUAUCCCCUUCUCUUUCUCACCCGUCGCCCCUCAACCGGGUCUCGCUUCGAUUUACCUAAUGCGAGGAUAUAUUCAUUGGCCAGGUUAUCUAAAAAAAUCAUCGUGUUGUGUUGUGUUGCUCCUGACUAUUGAUGGUAUUGAGAUAAAUAGAAACCAUAUAAUUUUGAUAUAUUUCUCCUUGAAAUCAAUUUCUCUUGAAGAUAAUAAUUGUUCUCAACUCUUUGUGCAGUAGACGAUCAAUCGUUUUCAUUACUAUUUUUAUUUUGUCUCAUUUUUAUUUUUAUGUGUACUGCAAUUCAUAAGUGCUCAUUUGAGUGCGUGUGUUAUUCUCUACAUUUUAUUGUGUGGUUUUUCACCUUUUUGGGUUGGUCAGUUCUUUUAAUAAAUUGAGAAUCUAUCACUAAUAUCCUAGAAGAUACCAAGUCUUCCAAAAUAAAAUACAUACUUCGAUCUUAGGCACCAAAUUUCAAUUUUAAUUUUUUAGCUAUUUACGGUUGCCUAUGGUUUGUAGUUUUCUUAAUUAACUCCAUUUUUCUUCUUUGGCAAUGAUUUUUAGAAUAAAAGAAAAAUAACGGCUUUACUUAGAAUCCUUUGGUUUCUGAAUGUAUCGAAAUUGAGAAAAGGUUAGUAAAUCACCCGUGUCUUCAUCUUUAUUAAUUUGUGUUCCCGAAAUAAAAAUAUUAUUAAUGUGAGGAUUUCGUUGAAUUUGAGCGGUUGCAAGUGGAACUUGUUUAGUCCAAAGGCUUUUUUAUUUUUAUGUUUUGGUUGUUAGUCACAUUAUUUCAUGUCAAAGAUUUUUGUUUUUUAAUUAUCUCACGUAGAAAGAGUGGUAGAUGGUAUAGAAAUAGUGAUUCAGUUUGCUACAUAUGGUCCCAUUGUGAAUGUAAGUUGAUUCACUGUGAUGUUUCUAUUGUUAGUUGGGUCCAGGGCUAGGAAUAUUAACCACUAAUUCUCUUGUCAUUUUGUCAAUUGGAAUUUUGAUUAUGGACAUAUGUGGUUAUUUGGUUUAUGAUUACAUGCAUCACGAAAUAGUGCCAUCAAACAGAUUUAGUUAUAUAUGUAAUGAUAAUUAUUAUCAUCAAUAUCACUUGCGAGUCCAGCCUCUGUGGAACUACACGCCCACGCAGGCUUUGUCGUGGUCGAGCUCAUAAAUGACAUCUAUUUUGGUGAUGUCACAUUUUGAUGCUACAUAUGUCACUAUCAGAGGCUAGAAUAUAUGUCCUUCUGCACAUCUAUGCUCUUCUGUUUCCUUGUCCAAGUUUAUUGUUAUAUAGCCUGACAUCCAUUAUCUGAGCCAUCUACAUAGCAAAGGGCUUAAUUCACAAUGUUAAAUUUUAUGUGUGUUUUGAACUGUUACUUUAUAUCACAACCAUUUAUCGUUUCUGAGCAAAGGUCGUGAACCUUUGUUUUGCAAUAUAAAACUUUUUUUCUAGGCUUCUUUUAUGUUUUCUCUGUGUCUAAGAUCAUUUUGAUGAGUGGACUUGGUGAUGUCUUUAGGUUUGAGAAGGCCUACGAAGCGAAUCACCACGGGAAGAGUACCUAUUUUGGUGCUCAGGAAAGGGGCAAUAAGUUGUACUCUUGGGUGGCCAGAGAGGACGAUCGUACAUCAUCAAGAGGAGGAAAAUAGGAAAAAUGGGAAGCUGGUGGUGAAUUUGGCCAGCACGGUCGAGUCUCAAGAAAAAUGCCUCCAGGAGAAAGAGCCAAGCCCAGAGAGAGAGGGGAUCAAAGGAGGAAUGCACAUGAUCAUAUCUAGAGAAAUUCGAAGAAAAAACGAUAGUCACAUUGGAGCUAGAGAAAAAGAGUAAUGAUCUCAACGAGCUUGAAAUGGAAGAUUAUAUAGACUCCCAGAUAAAACAAUAAAGCACAUGCUCUUCUUAAGAAACGUAACCGAGGGGGCUGAUAAGUUGAGACAUCACAAGCACGAACUUGAUGGAAAAGACUAGAAAACCAGCUGACCUUGAGAAAAGAACAAGCUGGGCAGUCGAAUUAGAAAGUGAAAAACAGUCGUGGCCCAUUGUUGUGAAGGAUCUCAGUCACCCCGGACAAAUGAUGAUACAGAUUGUUGAUUCAUCGUUUGGAAUUAACUACUCCCGAGGGCAGGAUGGAAAAGAGCACGGAUGGUUCUUGGCGGGCCCGUUUCAUUGUCGCUACAGUCUUUGCUACAUAUUCGAUUCUUUCCACACUAAUGU